GCUAGGGUAUGAAGAUUACUCGGAUCCGGUAUGGUCACCAUCUCUAUUCACUCAUGCUUGCUACGAUGCUUCCGCGGAUUUCGGACGACGACCGAAUGUACUAUACAUCAACGAUCAGGGCUCGUAAUCUGAUUGUAUUGGACAUGUUCAAACUCGAAACACAAGAUCAGGUCAAUCAAGAACAAGUGCUAUGAGUACGUAUGUGACUGUUAGAUAGCGGUGCCAUAUGAGCCCGAUGGACUCCAGUCGGGAUGGCACGAGGGAGCAGGAGAAACAGCUGUUGCUCGGACUGCCGCAAAAGGCAUGCCGACGGGAGACGCACAGUACGGUAGGAGUGAAGGCCAACCGCGGAUCAACGUUCGUCGGCGUCCAUGGCCUGCGACAAAUAUUAUCGCGUGCCAGACUUGAGGUCAUCGCACAGCACGCGCUCUGUACCUACAGAGGUCGGGCGCAUCAGUAUCAUCGUGAGGAUAUCAGCCGGCGUCGUUUCCUUUCGACCAUUGAAACACGGCACCAUCACUCGCAGAUGUUCGGUGUGGUUCCUUGCAGCUACACGGAUCACUCAGAGGGGCGACCACUGGCAGGGGACGACUGCACAGUUGCAUCUGAAAUGGCAGUUCCAAGUUCAAGUUGGUCCGAGGGUCGAACAGUGUCAACGUCCUCUGACCUACGAAUGGUUGGAUCAUAUGAGUAGUACUUACCAGCAUCGUGAAGGGCACGGACUUCCAGGCAUCCUUGACAGUACCUACCAGUGCGCUACUGGUAGUAGCGCUCAGGUACAUUGCCCGCUUCAUCAGCGCAUAUCAGAGAACGUGUGUUUGAAGACAUUGAGCACACCGGUCAAGGAGCGCGAUGAAACGACU